GUCCUCGGCCUUCUGCACUUUUCCCUUCCCUCCUGUGUCAAAACAACGCAGCGCAGCCCUUAUCUGCGCAUAGAGAACUGUCGGGGUCAUUUGUUUGAUCCAGACCAUUACUUUAUUUGUCCAUCAUGGACUACUUUAAGUCUCUUCUCGGCCCAAAGCCUUCCCAGGCGCCCGUCGUCGCCGAUGAUGCAGAUUUUGCAGAUUUCGCAGCUGCUCCUGCGCCUUCGCCGGCCUCGAUCCCUGUCUCUCCCGCCGAUGCGCAAGCUGCUACUGCAACAGGAGCUGCCGUUGAAGGCCGUCCAGUGGUUUACACGAAAUGGUAUCGCGUGUGGGAACGGACCCAGCUGUCCGACUUCAUGAUGGAGGGUGUUCUUAUACCUUUUAUUCUUCUGGCCCUUCUGGUGCAUUUCUGGGGAACGAGGACGAACCGGCGCAAAGCAAAAAAAUGGAUGGCCGUCCAUGCCCCUCUUUUGGAGCGAGAGUUUGCGGUCGUUGGAUACAGUGCGAUCCCGAAUGCUGAACCCAGUGCAGAAGGCGGAGUGUCUCCUGGGGAUGUGAGCUUGUUCAAGGACAUUGUGAAGAACAAGGGAGAUAACAUCUCGGACGAGCUGCUGAAGGAGAAGGCCGCAUGGGAGUACGAGUCGUAUGCGACCGGACGACAAAAUGUGGCAUUUAUGGAUGUCAAGAUCUACUUGAAGAGGCGCAUGAAUCCCAUGAUGAUGCUGGCGGAGGAACUCACGGGAAUGUUUAUUGAGUCGAUCAAACCCAAACCCGAGAGGAUGGAAGCCGUCAUCUACACCUUUGACGGCAAAGAGAAGGAAUUCGUCCCACCGUCCGUUCCGGGCUCUGAGGAAGCAGGCAAGACAAAAUCCGUGGGGAACUCAGCCUACGACCCGUUCGUCUUCGCCGUGGUCAACAAGUUGGCGAUGCGCAAACUCCGCGAGGAACGGUACGACCUGUCUCUCACGUUCACCAAAGACCACGCCAAACUCCCCGACUGGGCUACAUGCAUGAGCGAGUCGGCCGAAAUCAGUGACUGGAUGCUCACCAAAGAACUGGUCGAUGCACUUCAUGAAGCUGGCCCAGACUAUUUCCAGUACCUCAUCAUCACGGACCAACCUCAUGACAAACCCACCAACUUGAACGAAACGGCGCCGAAAAAACGUCUCCACAUCUCGCUUCGUCUCCCUUCGGAUGGCAACUACCUCCCUACCCUGCCUCUGUUCGCGGCUUUCCUCCGCUUACCCGACGUCCUCGUCUCGCAGUCGCACCUCCGACCUGAGGUGCUCAGAAAGAUCAACACGAUCCGCGAGCAGGAAAAGAGCAAGCUCAAGAAGAUUUCGGACAAGGAGGCGGAAGAGGAGAGGCUGAAACAGCUGGAUAAGAUGAAGAAGGAAGAAAGAGAACGGAAGAUGAAGGGCAUGAGCGCGGAGGAGCAGAGGAAGUUUCUGGAAAGGGAGAAUGAGAAGAUGCGGAAGAAGCAGGAGAAGAAGAUGACGAGGAGAGGCUGAUGCGCAGUCUGCAGAGAGAAAGGAAGGACAAAGGAUCCAUGACGGAUGUGACAGUGAUGAGUGGCCGAUUCUUCUCUCGCCCUUGGUCUUGUCACAUUUCUCACUAUAUUCUUGAGCACAUAAUUGCCCCCGAAGAUACUCUUUCUUCGAUAUAGAGGUGCACAUACCCUUCGACUGAAUGUGUACCUGAUGAGGCCCAGUUCCCAAGCGGAUCUCUUCCCAACCUCCUCCACGUCAAUGGCUGCGUGCUGUCAGAAUCUUAUCGACGGAAGUGUACGGAGUACGAGUCCUCCGUAGUAUCGCCGUAGCAGGUGCCUUG